GAGAAAGAUCCUAUGAGGGUUUUGAUUACCGGUGCAGCAGGAAACAUAGGAUAUGCAAUUGCUCCAAUGAUUGCAAGAGGUAUGAUGCUAGGUCCAGAUCAGCCCAUGAUUCUGCAUUUACUUGAUAUAGAACCAGCUUCAAGUUCGCUAGAAGCUGUGAAAAUGGAGCUUCAAGAUUCAGCUUUCCCUCUUCUCAAAGGUGUUAUCGCGACUACAGAUGUUGUUGAAGCAUGUAAAGAUGUGAAUAUCGCUAUAAUGAUUGGCGGAUUCCCAAGAAUUGCAGGCAUGGAAAGAAAAGACGUGAUGUCGAAAAAUGUAGUGAUAUAUAAAGCUCAAGCUUCUGCUUUAGAGCGUUAUGCAUCAGAGGAUUGCAAGGAAAACAUCACUUGCCUGACACGGCUCGACCAUAAUCGAGCUCUAGCUCAGCUUGCAGAUAAGCUAAGUGUUCCUACCGAUAAAGAACUUGCUACAGAUCACAACUGGCUGAAGAACGAGUUUAUUACAGAAGUUCAGCAACGUGGUGCAGCCAUUCUAAGAGCAAGAAAACAGUCAAGUGCUUUAUCCGCUGCUAGCGCAGCCUGUGACCAUAUCCGUGAUUGGUUCCUUGGAACCCCUAAAGGAACUUGGGUUUCUAUGGGUGUUUGUUCUGACGGCUCAUAUGGUAUACCACCCGGUUUGGUUUACUCGUUUCCGGUUAUCUGUGAGAAAGGGAGUUGGAAGAUCGUACAAGGACUAAGUAUAGACGCGUUUUCGAGGGAGAAAAUGGAUGACUCUGCACGAGAGCUAGCUGAAGAGAAGGAUUUAGCUUAUUCCUGUCUCAAUGCAUAAACCAAAAGUCGAAAAAACUAUGGGAGUCAUGGCACAAACAAUGUAUAGCAAACAAAUAAGUUUGUGUUUAUAAAUUUCUUGUAAAAAUAAUGGGAACUUACAUAAUAAACGCUGAGGUUCACU